CCUAAUCCCCUUUCUCUCCUCCGUUCCCUCCGCCGCCACAGCUGCCCGCGCCCGAUUUCGGUGAUUGCAGCGGCUAUUGCCGGCGUGGAGCACCCCACUGAGCUUGCUUCGCUCGAGUCCAUCCUCCCCUCCGCAAGAUUUCCCCCUCCCGGCUUCUACCGCUCGCCGAAAAUCCAGUCCCGUGCUAGGGUUUUCUACUCCGACACACCCUUCAUCGUCGGCGCAUCUCCGGCGGCCUCUGGCAGCUCUUAUUCGUCGUCUACGGCGCCCGCAGUUGUCGGUCCACCUCGAGCAGGUCGGCGCGGAGGAUCUCCUCCCGCAGGUUCCAUGGACACGGCGCACCCUGCAGUUGCUGGCCCGGGACGAGGGCGGGCACGGCGAGCCUUGUCCUGCUCGACGACGAUGCCGGCGAACGCUGGUGCUCCUCCUGGUCGACCUCUAAGGAGGAGCGCCAGUACAGCAUCAGCACGCCCUGCGGCUGAACCCCCCUUCUCCACCCAUCCAGUGGCGUACAGAGGAGUUAGUGCAGAAUCAAUAUCAGAACCAUCAGAAGUUCAGGAUUGGACGUGGUGUUAUUUUGUUCCAGUUUCUAGACAGAGCCAUAUAUAUAUUGGUUUAUGGGAGCAGUUUCAACCACAACGACAUGUGUUUUGAUGACUUCGGUGUGCAGCCAGAAACAUGGGAUCACCCAUAGUUGUUUUUUGAUGAGAGUUGGCCUUGCUGAUUUGGGUGGUACUGCCUGGAGAGUAGCAUAGUGUUCUUUGAGACGUGCUUGUAAAAUUAGUGUUUUCUGGGUCUUCCUUUUGCUCCUGUACUGAUAUAUUUUUGGUGUAUAUUUGUAAUUUUCUUUUUUUUAGUGAAAUGAGCAUAUAUUUUUCGGUAAA